AUGAGGCUGACGGCCAACUACGAAGGGUUUCGCCAUUUCUGGCACGGAUUGACUCCGAAGCCAGGAGAUAGUACUUUGAAUCCCAUCAAUCGUGUGAAGCUCCAGGCAAUGUACAGCUCGAAACUUGCCUACUUUGCAUACACGAUGGCGAUGGUGGGCAACUAUUGGCUGCUUCUUGGCCCAGGAGGAGUCACACAGGCCCACAAAGAACUCCUCCUCACACACCGAGUGGCGACGUUGUGCCUGGUCAACGCCGAGCUCGCCAACAUGCAGGGUCUCCCGUCGGAAGAAUUGAUCGGGGCCGUGGUCGUGAUGGCGGCUGCAGAUCCAGACCAUUUCCUCAAGCAGGCCGAUUCCAACUCCCGACACUCCAGGUUUCAAUCCCCUCUCGCAAAGGCGCAGGUUCUACAUAUCAUCGGACAUGAACCACUCGUCUCUGCACACUACCUUGCUCUCUGGCGACUGAUCCGUCUUAAAGGUGCGGCUUGGGAAGAUUAUCAUGAUUUUGGACUAGCCGAGAUCUGUGAACUUUUGUGUAUCAUCCAUGCCUCGAUAGCUGGGGAGAAACCAGAAUUCCCUGCCAUUGAUCGGUCCCGGCAUGCAUUUUUCUCGGGACACUAUGAUACUGGCGACGCCGCGAAAGAUCUGCGCCUGAAGCUGUCCAUGGCACUUCCAUCAGAGUGGCUAAAGUCACUAUUGGAGCUCUCUUUUCUCCGGUCUGGGCCUUCCAUGAUGGACGUCAUUGUCUUGAUGAAACACAUCAGCCUCGCGCUCGAACACUUCCAUCGUGGCGCGAGAGAUGCUCCGGAUUUUGCCAACAUCAUUCAAGCCCGGACAGGAAUUCAACACAAGCUCCUCUCACUCCCACAGGAUCCAGAAGGCAUGUCACCAGCGGACAUGUACCUGUACAAGUUAUGCCGAUUUUGCCUUUUAAUCUACAGCAACAUGGUCUUGUUUCCACUCCCGCCAUCCAGCGGUGUGGGGACCCAACUCGCGAUGGCUCUCAAGGCUCUACUCAUUGAAGAAAGUCAAACGCAUGUCUUUGCGAGAGACACAACCGAGCUCAAAUUGUUGUUGUGGGCAGUGGUUCUUGGCGGCAUCAGUGAUGGCAGCGAUGUUGACCGCUCAUGGUUCCAGGAUCAAUACCGUCGGGUAGCUUCCGACAUUGGGAUCGGGUCAUGGCAACAGUUGGAGACACAACUGACUUCUUUUCUGUGGUUAGAUUUUGUGCUCAAUAAAGAAGCCGUGGGUUUUUGGGCCGAAUCUCGAAUGCGGAGUGCUCCAGGGGUUCUGCCAUGA